GAGGAGUUGAUGGUCAGUCACCAUGUGGUCUGUAACGACACCCAGGAGUCCCUGAGGUUUGGCCAGGUGGACACUGACGAGAACGUCCUGCUGCCGUCCUCACACAGCCACCAGUACAGCUGGAGGAGCCACAAGUCACCACAGCUCCUUCACAUCUGUAUAGAGGGCUGGGGUAACUGGCGUUGGUCUGAGGCCUUCAGUGUGGACAACGUGGGGACUCUGCUGAGGACUAUUCAAUAUAAAGGACGGACUGCCUCGCUCAUCAUCAAGGUGUUGCAGCUCAACGGUGUCCAGAAACAGGUACCGUGUUCAAUUCAAUACAUCUUUAUUGUUCCCAAAAGGCAAUUCACGUGCAACCCGUUUAAACCUCUCUAACUAGCUAACUAGCAGCUGAACACUAGUCUACACCUUCACUAUCAGUUUACUGUGUUAGUUUAAACCC